AUGGACGUUCGUGUGAUCGAAGAAGGAAUGGGUCAGCGAACAAUGGCUAGCGAUGGAGAUGCGGAAAACAAUGACGGUGCAGAAGCAAACAACAACACGGUGCAACGUGAUAAUGGUACUGCUGCUGAGCCACACAUAGGUAUGGAGUUCACUACUGACGAUGCUGCCAAGACUUUCUAUGAAGAGUACACUAGACGUCUAGGGUUCAACUCCAAGGAUGGUCAGUCGGUUCGUUCAGAAACUGAUGGGACAAUUGUUGCUCGGGAAUUUUUGUGUGGUAAAGAAGGACCGAAGCGACGGUCUACUGAUACUUGUGAUGCAAUGCUUAGGAUAGCACUGAAGAGUGAGGAUAAGUGGGUGGUCACAAAGUUUGUGAAAGAUCAUACUCAUUCCUCUAAUAACAGUCCCACCAAACUUCAGACAUCAAAUAAUGGCCCCACCAAACAACAGUCAUCUAAUAAUGGUGCCACCAAACUUCAGUCCCUCCGGCCCAGAAGGCAUUUUGCUGGUGCUGCAAAAUCCUUCUCCACUGAAACGAACCAACGAGUGGUAGGGAAAGUUCCCAGUGGACUAAUGUAUGUUUCCAUGGAUGGAAACAGACCCCAACAAGAGAAUCGUGGGAUUAGGAACUCUGUUGGUGAACCGACUCGUGUUAUGAAGAGCUAUCCAGUAGCAAUCAAUCCUGCUAUUUGGCCAAUUAUGCACAAGAAAACACUAGGAAGGGAUGCACAAAAUCUGUUGGAGUAUUUCAAGAAGAUGCAGGCUGAGAACCCUGGUUUCUUUUAUGCAAUACAGCUAGAUGAAGAUAACCGUAUCUCGAAUGUUUUCUGGGCUGAUGCUAGGUCAAGGACAGCUUAUAGUCAUUUUGGGGAUGCCAUCACAUUUGACACAAACUACAGAGUCCACCAAUAUAGGGUACCAUUUGCUCCAUUUACAGGGCUGAACCAUCAUGGACAGAUGAUUUUGUUUGGUUGUGCAAUACUACUGGAUGAGUCCGAGGCUUCUUUUAUUUGGCUUUUCAAGACAUUUCUUACGGCGAUGAACGAUCGGCAUCCUGCAUCAAUUAUCACUGAUCGCGAUAAGGCCAUACAAGUUUCAGUCUCACAAGUCUUUCCUGAAACAAGACAUUGUUUGAAUAAGUGGAAUGUCUUGAGGGCAGGGCAAGAAAAGUUGGCUCAUGUAUGCCUUUCCCAUCCCAGUUUCCAGGUGGAGCUGUACAAUUGUAUCAACUUGACUGAAACUAUUGAGGAAUUCGAAUUCUCGUGGAGUUCAUUAGUUGACAAAUAUGAUCUGAAGGGGCAAGAAUGGCUCCAGUCUUUGUACGACUCUCGUGCUCAAUGGGUACCAGUAUACUUCCGAGAUUCUUUCUUCGCUGUAAUAUCUCCAGAUCAUGCAUUCGAUGCUUCUUUUUUUGAUGGUUAUGUUAACCAACAGACUACCUUACCAAUGUUCUUUAGGCAGUACGAAAGAGCGUUAGAGGUUUCGUUCCAAAGGGAGCUAGAAGCUGAUUUUGAUACAAUUUGUGCUACACCGGUCCUAAGGACGCCUUCCCCUAUGGAGAAACAGGCGGCAGAUCUAUAUACAAAGAAAGUAUUUACAAAGUUUCAGGAAGAGCUGGUUGAAACUUUUGUUUAUACUGCUAACAGAAUCGAGGGCGAUGCAACUGUCAGCACAUUCAGGGUUGCUAAGUUUGAAGAUGAUGACAAGGAAUAUACUGUUACAUUGAACUAUGGAGAUAUGAUAGCCAACUGCAGCUGCCAAAUGUUUGAGUAUUCAGGCGUUCUGUGCAGACAUGUUUUGACAGUGUUCACUGUUACAAAUGUUCUUACUCUGCCACCUCAUUAUAUCUUGGGGCGAUGGACAGUAAAUGCCAAAGCUGGUCAUGGGAUUGCUGGACCUAGUACCGAGUCAUCAUCAAACCCGGAAAUUCUUACAUCUCGAUACAACACUCUCUGUCGAGAAGCUAUUAAAUAUGCUGAAGAGGGAGCAGUAGCUUCAGAGACUUAUACUGCAGCAUUGGCUGCCCUUGGAGAGGGUAUAAAGAAGGUUGCAGCUGCCAAGAAAAAUGUUGCCAAAGUUUCACCAACAAGCUUACAGGUUAGCGGGACAGCUGCUCAGGAUGACAAAAAGACAUCUGCACCAGCAUCAGAUGCACCCUCUCUGUUAUGGCCUGAUCAAGAUGAAGCUAGUCGUAGUUUUAAUCUGAAUGAUAAUGGAGCUUCAACUCAGUCUGUUGCUGAUCUAAAUUUUCCCAGAAUGUUCCCUGUAUCUGUGCUGGGAGACGAUGGUCCUCCUGGAAACCUGGUAGUUCUCCCUUGUCUUAAAUCAAUGACCUGGGUGAUGGAAAACAAGAAUUCUACAACUGGAAGCCGAGGCGCCGUUAUCAACCUAAGGUUGCAAGAUUACAGCAAGACCCCCUCAUCUGAAUUUGAGGUUAAGUUUAAUGCUUCAAGAGUCUCAUUAGAGCCCAUGCUGAAGUCUAUGGCAUAUAUCAGUGAACAGCUUGCUGCACCACCUAACACUUUCGCUGUAAUCAACUUGAAGCUUAAUGAUACUGAAACUAAUUCUGAAGAGUCAGAAGUGAGAUUCAGGAUCUCCCGAGAUACCCUAGCUGCUAUGUUAAGAUCGAUGGCCUACAUACGUGAGCAGCUCGCAAACACUGCAGAGCCAUCGGUGGAACCUCAACAAAAGAAGCAACGGAAGUGA